AUGGCGGGGCCGAUGUUAUACACGUUUUACUCGUUAUCGGCGAUCUCAUCGGCCGUUUUCAUUGGAACAGGUUAGUUUAUCGAAGUUUUGAUGUUUUAUCUUUUUUAAUUCGUUAUAGUUAAACUCUAUUAAUUUGGGAAGCUUUAAUAUUAUGUGAAAAUGCUUUUAGCUUUGUUCUACAUGCUAAGUGGACAAGGAUCGAGGUUUGACAUUGCUUGGUUCUUGACCGAAACAGAUCCUUACAUGUGGGCUGGUAUAGGGCUGGCUGCUUCCUUGUCUCUUUCAGUAAUUGGAGCUGGUUGGUAAGUUAAUUUAAUCUAAAUAUUUGGUUUUUAGGGGUAUCUUCACAACUGGUGUGUCAAUUCUGGGUGGAGGUGUUAAAGCUCCACGAAUUAGAACGAAAAAUUUGGUAUCUAUUAUCUUCUGUGAAGCCGUUGCUAUCUUUGGUAUUAUUAUGGCAUUUGUGUUUGCUGGAAAACUAAAUGUAAAUUUGUUUUUUGGCUUUAUUAAUUUUUUGGAGGGUUUAACAUGUUUGUUCUAAAAUGAAAUAGAAAAGUUAAUAAUGAACAAUGUGAAUGAAAUUACAAUUUUUCUUUAAAUUUUUAAAACUUGUUCUUAAUUAGGGUUUUGACCGCUCAAAGCAUGACAUAUCUACUGAGGCUGGAAGAAAAAUCAUUUCUGCCAACUUGGCUGCUGGAUACCUCAUCUUUGGAGGAGGAUUGACGGUUGGCUUCAGUAACUUGGUAUGUGGACUGGCUGUGGGAAUCGUUGGAUCUGGUGCCGCUCUUGCUGAUGCUGCUAACCCAGCUCUUUUCGUCAAAAUCUUGAUUAUCGAAAUCUUUGCCAGCGCUAUUGGACUUUUCGGCAUGAUCAUCGGUAUUGUUCAGGUAAGACUUUUAGCCAUUACUUUAAAAAAAAGUUUUCUGUUUUACGCAUUUUCAAUAUAGUGAUUUUGUACGAGUUUGAGGCGAAAUUGGCUUAUUUGUACAUUGUCGUCAGCUUUCUCUACCUCUAAACUAAUUUUUAACAUUUCAGACGAACAAAGGCAAUUUCGGAGAUGCUUAA